AUGGGUCGUGCGCGCAAAUCCAGCCAUCUGGGGGAGGAUAUCCGGGGGGACACCAGCGCCCCGGCCAUGUCCACCAUGAACGAGGUCAGCCCCAUCGAGGGAGAGGCCCCUAAAUGGGACAAGCUACUUCAGACCGAGGGAGCCCCUGAAAAAUCUCUCAAGUCGCAGUCGAAGCGGCGCAAAGUCCGAUCGCUUCCCCGUCGCUUCAAAAAUCUGUGCCUGAAACAUACAUGGGUCCUACCGCUGCUGUUGAUGUCCGCGCUCCUUCUCGCAUACGCCGUCAACCCGACUCCAGACAAUCCGCUCCAUGGCGCCAUCUUCUUGUCCUACCCGCAACCUCCCAAGACUCCUGGCGGCCCUAUCAUGUAUGGAAAAGGUGCCUUGGACUUCGCUUUCGUCGGCUUCUAUACCAUCGUCUUGUCCUUCACUCGAGAAUUCCUGAUGCAGUGUGUCAUCCGCCCCUGGGCCGCGUGGUGUGGAAUUCGUGGCAGAGGAAAGACCGCUCGGUUCAUGGAGCAAGUGUACACGGCGAUGUACUUUGCAAUUUUCGGACCCUUCGGCCUCUACGUCAUGAAGCAGACGGAUAUCUGGUACUUCAACACCACAGCGAUGUUUGAAGGGUUUCCUCAUCGGGAACAUGUCGGUAUCUUUAAAGCCUACUAUCUCCUCCAGGCCAGUUACUGGGCCCAGCAAGCCAUUGUGCUGCUGUUGCAGCUGGAGAAGCCACGGAAGGAUUUCAAAGAGCUGGUGGGACACCACAUCAUCACUCUGGCGCUGAUCUGGUUGAGCUACCGGUUUCACUUCACCUACAUGGGCAUCGCGGUCUAUAUCACGCAUGAUAUCUCGGACUUUUUCCUGGCUACUUCGAAAACCCUCAACUACCUCGACUCGAUUAUCACGGCCCCAUACUUUGGCAUGUUCGUCGGCAUGUGGAUUUACCUGCGCCACGUGCUUAACCUGAAGAUUCUCUGGGCUGUUCUGACCGAAUUCCGCACCGUUGGCCCCUACGAGCUCAACUGGGAGACGCAGCAGUACAAGUGCUGGAUCAGUCAGAUCAUCACCUUCGCUCUGCUCGCCAGUCUCCAGGCUGUCAACCUCUUCUGGCUCUUCCUCAUUCUUCGCAUCCUAAAGAACUACGUAUUCAACAGCAUUAGAAAGGACGAGAGAAGUGAGGAUGAAGAUUCUGAGGAGGAAAUCGAGCAGGAUGCCAAGAGCCAGGCCACCCUCGCGACUGGCGUGGAACCACCCUCCCUCACCGCACGCAAGCCUGGCAAGGAGAGCCAUACCCCUCAGGUCCUGGUCAACGGUGAACCUCUCAGCACAAGGGCUCGGUCUUGA